AUGGCUUCCUUGGCACGCUCUCUGGCAAGAAACUCCUCUCGGUCUGCCCUCUUCUCUCAUCAGAAUGCCCUUAGGUCCGUCACCACCUGGUCGAAUGUUCCAGCCGGCCCACCCGACCCGAUCCUUGGUGUCACCGAGGCUUUCAAAGCAUGCACCAGUCCACUCAAAAUGAACCUUGGCGUAGGCGCAUACAGGGACCAAGAGGGGAAACCCUUCGUUUUACCAUCUGUUCGACAAGCUGAAGCUGCCAUUGUUGCGGCCAAGUACGACAAGGAAUAUCUCGGAAUCACCGGCUUCCCAGAAUUCACCAAGCGUGCGGCUCUAUUAGCCUAUGGUUCUGACAGUGCACCCCUAAAGGAGGGACGAAUUGCAAUCACCCAAUCCAUCUCCGGGACCGGGGCUCUAAGGAUCGGCGGUGCUUUCCUCCAACGAUUCUACCCCCACUCCAAGUCGAUCUACCUACCUACACCGACAUGGGGAAACCACAUUCCGAUCUUCAAAGACUCUGGCCUCGAAGUCAAACAAUACCGCUACUAUGACAAAAAGACUGUGGGCCUCGAUGCGAGAGGUAUGCUCGAGGACAUCAAAAACGCGCCUGAUCGCUCGAUCAUCUUACUGCAUGCCUGUGCCCACAACCCAACUGGAGUCGAUGCGACCCAAGAACAGUGGAAAGAAAUCGCACAAGUAAUCAAGGAAAAGGGCCAUUUUAGUUUCUUUGACAUGGCCUACCAAGGCUUCGCAUCGGGGGACGUUGACCGGGACGCCUUUGCACCACGAUACUUUGUCUCACAAGGCUUAGAUAUUGUGCUUUCCCAAUCCUUUGCCAAGAAUAUGGGUCUUUAUGGCGAACGAGUCGGAGCGUUCUCGGUGGUCUGUUCGAGUCCAGAGGAGAAAAGUAAGGUCGAGAGUCAGGUCAAGAUUUUGGUUAGACCCAUGUACUCCAACCCCCCCGUUCACGGUGCCAGAAUUGCCGGUACCAUUUUAAGCGAUCCUGCACUUUACAAACAAUGGCUCGGCGAAGUCAAAUUGAUGGCCGAUCGAAUCAUCGGAAUGCGUACUGCAUUGUACGACACCCUUGUGAAUGAACUCGGAAGCCAACGGAACUGGGACCACAUCAAAUCCCAAAUAGGGAUGUUUUGUUUCGCUGGUAUUUCGCCGGAACAAGUGGAGCAGAUGACCAAGAACCACCAUGUUUACAUGACCAAAGACGGUCGUAUCUCGAUGGCUGGUGUCACUGCCCACAACGUUAAGAACUUGGCAAAAGCCUUACAUGAUGUUACCAAAUGA